CUCUCCCUUCUGCAGAAACAAAGAAAGAAUGAAUGACACAGUGGACAAGCUUGUGGUGUUUCUAGCGAAGAGAGAUGGCAUAGACAAGCUGGUGAAGACAUUUCAGUAUGUCUCCAAGCUUUCGAACUGGCGCAUUGAAGAGACCAACCCGGAGAUGGCGAAGAGGUUCAAGAAUUGGGAAGUUUCCUCCGGGCUCAGCCGGAAGGCCUUCAGGACGGGUAGGUUUCUCACCGGCUUCAACCUUCUCCGGCGAAACCCGGGUUCGAACCUGACUCUCCGGCUGCUAGCCAUCCCGGCAAAUGCCGGCGAGAUGAUUUACUUCUUCUUCGACCACGUUACCUGGUUGGCAAGAAUUGGUACGAUAAACGCAGACUUGGCCAAGAAGGCAAGCUUCAUAUCAGCAUUUGGAGAAGCAGUGGGAUAUAUGUUCUUCCUCAUAGCUGAUUUUUUGCUGAUAAAGGAAGGGAUUAAGAAAGAGAGGAAGAUCAGAAGAAGCAGAAGAGAAAUCUCCAAAGAAGAAGAUGAAGAUGAAGAACAAGAGAAGAGGGAUAAGGAUGAGGUUAAGAAGAUUAGGGUUGAUAGGGUGAUGAGGCUAAUGGCAGUGGCUGCAAAUAUUGCGGAUUUGAUCAUAGCUUUGGCUGAGAUUGAACCAAACCCAUUUUGCAAUCAUGCUGUGACUCUGGGGAUUAGUGGCUUGGUUUCUGCUUGGGCUGGUUGGUAUAGAAAUUGGCCCUCAUAGUUCGUAUAUCCCCAACCAAAGAACAAUAAUUAAUUAAAUAAUCUUCGAUAUUUAAUUUCUACUUUUCAGAAAAGGAAUGCCAUAUUGUUAAUGUUUAUAUAUCUUCAUCUUAUAGCCAGAGUACUGUUGGAUAGAUGCUACCAAGUUUUGAUUAACUGGGCUUUAAUUUGUUAUUACUAAUAAUACUCUUUAUUUUUAUCCAA